CAGCAGAGGCAUGUCGGUUGGAGCCAAUGGUCGACCCUGUGGUGGUGAGUGCAGAUCGAGACGUACGGAAUAAAGGCAUGGGUCGCUAGAUCUGUAAGACAUAAUUUACAAAAACGAACGAGUUGUAAAAGUUGUGGUUUAAUUUCAAGCUUCAGUCUGAGGAUGAUUAUGUGUCGUAUCGUACGAGAAUCUAUAUUGUCUAACGAUAGAACGUCGAUCAUAGCGGCUAUGUUCGAGUUGCAAAUUGUUUUUCCGUAAGGUCGAUUCAUCGAGCUGCAACGUCAGGUGAAAUCGACGACAAGAAAUAACCUAACGAAAGAUCGAGUAGUUGGUGCCGAGAUUCUCGAAAAACCAAAAUCAUCAUGGGUGAAAUCAUGCAAUCCUGGAUGCAAGCGAGGCUGGGACUUAUGGUCGAUCUAUCCCCAGACGUGUUCGGCCAUUAUACGAAGGACGGCAGACUACUAGCAAAGAUUCUCUACAGUUACGAUGUGAUAUCCCGCGAUCAGUUAGACACUAUCAUCGACACGGACGAUCCCGCCCUGUGCAGAGUAAAUUUAAGGCAUCUGAGAAUCUGGCUACGCUUUCUGGGCAUCGACUGCGACGAUGAGAGCAUCGUGGAGAUCUCCUGCGGCAAAGGUACCACGUCCUUGCGUCUCUUCUACAAGGUCUACCUGUGUCUGGAGACCAAGGACAGACUGCACUUCAUCACGCUGCAAAAGGAACGAGAAAAGUUCGUCCCCACGUCGAAGAAAUUCGAGGUGACCACCGUCAACGAGGAUCCUCCGCCGUAUCAACCCCAGGAGCAUCCUUUGUCGAGGAAACUCGUCGAGGGAAAGGAGACCGUCGACUGGUACGGUUCCAAAUUCCAGGCUAUCCUUUCGAAACUCAAACGGGACAAAGAACAGAUGAUACUAGAGAUCUGUGAUCCAUAUUCGAUCGGGCAGCCGGUCGAGCAUUGCGUUGUCGAGGUAUCUACGAGGUUAGCGAAAGAUAGACUCAAAGUACCUGACAUACACAGGCUUCGAUUAAAUGGCCUGUCCCUCUCACAAGUACUCCACCGCCCAACUACUCUUAUACAUCGUUUGCAUCUUGAAAGAUUAAAAUCCUCCAACUCGUUCAGAAGUUAUGAUGCUUUGAACUCGAGACUGCUUAGGAUUUCGUAG